GUUUUUUUGCAGCAUGCACGACAAAGCACGGCAACGCACUGCAAAGUGAGAAUGACAUACAGCAAAAAACGCUAUUCAGGCUGUGGUUACGUACCACAUUUAACUCCCGGCGCUGUUCCAGCCUUUUGAAAUUGCGCGGGGAUAACAAGAAAAAAAAGAAAAAAAAUUCAAACAUAAACCAAAGGAGAAUACUGGACAUUUCUAAAACGACGCAUCACAAACAACCUCGCGCGCGUAUUAUGAUAAUAAGGCAGCUCGGUUCCCGAGCCAUGACCAGUAUGGCAGCAAACACGGUGCCUAUCCCGCGCAGGGGUGUCGAUUACAGAGGAAAGAUAGUUCUUGCACCCAUGGUGCGCAGCAGCGAGUUGCCGUCGAGGCUGAUGGCGCUUCACUACGGCGCCGAUCUGGUAUGGGGACCCGAGACGGUCGACUACUCCAUGAUCGGCACCACGCGCCGCCUCAACCCAAAGACCAACGUGCUGCAGUGGACACGACUCCAGAACAACGGCCAGAAGCAGGCCCCUCCCGACGCCAAGGAGAACGCCAUGUUUACGAUGCACCCGGAGCUCGAGGGCAAACGCCUCAUCUUCCAGCUGGGGUCGGGCGACCCGGAGCGCGCCGUUGCGGCCGCGAGGCUGGUCGCCAACGACGUGGCGGGCAUCGACCUCAACGCGGGGUGCCCGAAGCCCUUCAGCACGACGGGAGGGAUGGGCGCGGCGCUGCUCAGGGACCCGGACCGGCUGGUGGCCAUACUGGAGGCGCUGGUGCGCGAGGUCGCCCCCGCUGCCGAGAUCGGCAUCAGCGUCAAGAUCCGCCUACUGGAGACCGCCGCCGAGACUGAGGCACUGGUCCGCCGGCUCGUCAAGACGGGCAUCACGGCGCUGACGGUACACUGCCGCACCACGCCCAUGAGGCCGCGCGAGCGCGCCAUCCGCGGCCAGCUGCGCAUGGUCGCCGAUGUCUGCCGCGAGGCUGGCGUCGCAUGCCUGAUGAAUGGCGACGUCAAGGACAGGGACGAGGGCGUCCGCCUGGCAGCCGAGUACGGCACCGACGGUGCCAUGAUCGCCAGGGCUGCCGAGGAGAACCCGAGCUGCUUCCGCGCCGGGGCCGACGGCGGCCUCGCCCCCUGGACCGAGACCGUGCCCUUGUUCAUGAGGUUCUGCCUCGACAUGGAGAACAAGUUCUCAAACACAAAGUACCUUCUCAACAACAUGAUACCCGGCAAGGCUCCAGAAUUCCGGCCCACGCAGCACGGCAAGUCAUACCUGGCUCUGUGCGAGGCCCUGAACCUUGAAGACCUCGUCGAACAGGCCAAGGCCUUAGACGACAAGCUGGGACUGACGGAAAGACAAGAAAAGUCCAAGCCAGUGGCACCUUUGGAGAAGAAGAAGAAACAGAAACAGAACAACCCCGCCGCACUUGCUUCCGGUGGUAACAUGAGCAAAGCGAGGGAUGCAAGUGCAAAGCCUCGCAAGCCGUUAUCUGAAAGGGGCGUGGGGUCACGGCAAGAAGAGUCACAUAUUACAAAAGCUGCGGCACUGGAACCAGCGACGUUGAACACGUAGGUGAGGUGAGGCGGUGGUCAAGCUUCAACAACAAUUUUUUUUUUCUCUUAUUUAACUCAUUUCCCUCCCUAAUCCUUUGAUUUACCUCCUGUCGAUAUAGCAAGUAGCAUGAGCAUAUGGCCGGCGUUAAUUCAAUAGAGCGGUUUGUUUGGUUUAUUCCGAGAUACACAACUGGACUUUCGAAACACAACAUCAUUAAGGGCAGCGUUAGCCAUAAUAUUAGUAUUUGAGACUGUACAUUGUGCCUUGCCCGGGCCUCAUGUUCCGGAGUAUUUAGUCUAGUCUGUCUUAAUCUUGGAUGUUUCUGUUCUUUGGAUUCAUAUACUUGAAGAGCCCCGAGCUUAAAAUCCAUCUAAACUAGUUCUAAACCCUCUUUCCCUGCGCUAUCAGAUCCGCAACCUUGGGCGGGAGCACCAUG